AUGCCCUCCCAGUUAGGCUGGAUCUGGCCCAAAGACCCACGCCCCGGCAACCCGCAACACUGGCCACGCCGCUGGCGCAUCUUUGAUGUCCUAGCGAGCAAAGGGCCAGACAUCUACGUGGGCCGAAUCAACCAGCCCAAAACAAAGACCGGAAGGGCACCCCCUCAAGCCCGGUCCGGGCCUACAAGAGAAGAAUGGUCUCGAUGGGAGAUCGACCCCAACGACUCUGGAUCAGACUACAGACCACUACCCUGGGCACGGCGGCCUGCGGCAGAGCGCUACGAUUUCCGUACGAGGAAGUACCACAUUCCGGACCAUGGAACAUGGAGUGAUGUUCAGUAUUGCAAUGGGAGAAGAGCUCGGAGGGGGGAAUGGAGCGGGAGAGAGGAGGUGCAUUGUGUACCGAGGCGAUAUUGGGAUCGGAAUGGGGUUGAGUAUCCGGCGGAAUUUUGGCAUGAUAACAUUUAUGGGAAGCACAGGGAUUGA